AUGAAUCGUCUGGAGCGUAUCAUAAAGCCUUUAGCAUUUCAAUCUUCGCAUUCCCGUUGGAGGGAGUUAGAGGUCAGAAGAAUGACAGUGGUUUGUCUUUCAUGCGAUGCUUUGCAUUGGAUCAACAAGCGUGUAAAUGGCAAUUCAAUUGGGUCACCACGAUUCGAAAACUGUUGUAAGAAAGGUGACGUUGAGUUGCCGGCCUUAGAACAAGUCCCCGACUAUCUCAAAUAUUUACUCGAAUCAACCGAUACUGUAGGCAAGCAGUUCCGCACUCGGAUAAGGGAGUACAAUUCAGCGUUAACCUUCACUUCUGUUAAAUACAACUCUGAUGAACGCAUUUCUGUACAAGGUGGGGGUGUUACAUGCUUUCAAAUCCAUGGUGAGCUGUAUCAUCUUCAAGGGCCGUUGACUGCGGAAGCAAACGAUGCUCCCACUUUUGCUCAAUUGUAUUUCUAUGACCCAUUCUAUGCAGCCCAGCUGAGACAACAAAGGCAUCCCAACCUAGAUCUUGCUGUCUUACAAUGGUUGACAAAUGAACUAAAUACUGUCAAUCCUUUCAUUCCUUUAUACAAGACUCCAAAGGAACGGUUGGACGAUGCAUCUCCGGAAAAUGGUGAUGUACGCGUACUACUCAACCCUCAGCUAUGGUUGAUAAUGGAGAGUGGGGCGGAUAAAUGUCGACACAAUUUGCCUACCAGCAAUGAAGUUGCUGCGAUUAUCCCAGACGAAUACGGUGAAGCAGGAUUCAGGGAUAUUGUUCUGGCUCACAGGAAUCCAGAUGCCAACAGGCUGUUUAGUGUCAUUGAUCCUAACCAUGCCGCGUAUAUGCCAUUGCAUUAUGUUCUACUAUUCCCUAUCGGAGAACGUGGUUGGCACUGGGGGUUGCGAUUGCGAGAUGAGCUGAACAGAAGGAAGAAUUUGAGGUUGCAACAGCGUGAGUUUUAUCGGUAUCGAAUACAUACAAGGACCACUGAACCCAUGACUUUGUUCCUAUCGCAACGCCUAUUUCAGCAGUAUUUGGUUGAUGCUUGGGCUAGACUGGCGGAUAAUAUACGGCAAGAGGACUUCAACCCGGAGCAAACCGGGAAACGUAUCAUCCUACCACGAAGCUAUACAGGUGGAGACCGGUACAUGCUGCAGUUGUUCCAGGAUUCUAUGGCUAUAGUUCGUCAUUUGGGGCGUCCCUCACUAUUUGUUACUUUUACAGCGAAUACGAAGUGGGAAGAGAUUACUGUGGAGUUACUACCGGGACAAACUGUGGUUGAUAGGCCAGAAUUGGUUGCGAGGGUAUUUCAUCUUAAGCAACAACAACUCCUCCAAGAAAUAAAGCGUAAACAUAUCUUCGGUCGCUAUCUUGGCUCUAUCUGGACCAUAGAAUACCAGAAGAGAGGGCUGCCACAUAUGCAUCUACUGGUCUUUCUUCAUCCCGAUGAUCGUUUUCUGACCGGGGAGAAAAUGGAUGAGAUUGUGUGUGCAGAGUUGCCAGACCCUGCAACUGAUCCUACUGGGGAGCUUACUGAAAUCAUCAAAAGCUGCAUGUACCCUAAUGCCUAUCAAGCUGAGACAGUUGUACAGGAGGAUGGAACUCUAUCUGACUUUGGGUUGCCCCUACAUACGGUGGAUUGGAAUCGAAUGGGUGAGAACGAGAUGGUUGCAUCAGAACUUCGAUAUGACAUGGACGCGGAAGCCACAAUGCUACAGUUGAGAGUUCCCCAGCUCAAUCCUGAUCAGCUUCAGUGCUUCAACACUAUCACACACAAUACUGAGGAACCUGCACCAGCUCUAUUCUUUAUACAAGGACCUACGGGUACUGGAAAAACAUUUCUCUAUAAUGUUAUCUGCAACUAUUUCCCGCCCAGGGAUAUCGCAUUCAAGGUUUAA